CAAAAUGUGGUAGACAUUUUUUACUUUUUUUGAAUAGGCUGGAGAUUAGGAAAGAAGCCAUCCUCAAAUUGCCCUUCGCAUCUCUCCCACACCACCUUCAAACUCUGACCAGGGAUCAAAGACAUGGAGAUGAAGAACUAUAGCAGCAGCACUGCAGACUUUAUCCUCCUGGGCCUCUCUUCCAACCCCCAGAUGCAGAAACCCCUCUUUGCUGUCUUCCUCGUCAUGUACCUGAUCACCCUGGUGGGGAAUGGACUCAUCAUCCUGGCCAUCCACUCUGACUCCCGGCUCCACACCCCUAUGUACUUUUUCCUCAGCAACCUGUCCUUCAUGGAUAUCUGCUUCACAACAGUCAUUGUGCCCAACAUGCUGGUGAACUUACUCUCAGAGACAAAGUCUAUCUCCUAUGUGGGGUGCCUGGUCCAGAUGUACUUCUUCAUGGCUUUUGCAAAUACUGACAGCUACCUGCUGGCCUCGAUGGCCAUAGACCGGCUGGUAGCCAUCUGCAACCCCUUCCAUUAUGGUGUGGUCAUGAGCCCACGGCGUUGCCUCCUCCUGUUGCUGGGUUCGUGCACCAUCUCUCACCUGCACUCCAUGCUGCGUGUGCUGCUCAUGUCCCGCCUGUCUUUCUGUGCCUCCCAUGUCAUCAAGCACUUCUUUUGUGAUACCCAGCCGGUGCUCAAGCUCUCCUGCUCUGACACGACUAUCAACCAGAUGGUGGUCAUGACCGAGACCCUGGCUGUCAUUGCCACCCCUUUCCUGUGCAUUCUCUUCUCCUACCUGAGAAUCAUCGUCACUGUGCUCAAAAUCCCCUCUGCGGCUGGGAAGUGGAAGGCCUUCUCCACCUGUGGCUCCCACCUCACCGUGGUGGUCUUCUUCUAUGGGAGUGUCAUCUAUGUCUACUUUAGGCCACUGUCCAUGUACUCAGUGGUGAAGGACCGGGUAGCCACAGUUAUGUACACAAUAGUGACACCCAUGUUGAACCCUUUCAUCUACAGCUUGAGGAACAAAGAUAUGAAGAGGGGUCUAAGGAAAUUAAGGGACAGAAUUCAGUCAUAG